UGGCCGAUGCAGAGUUUGGACUUAGCUUUCGUCGCCUCGACCAUGGAGGAUAUAAUGGAAUAAGUUUGAGAAAACUAAGAAAUAUUUAAGAACAAAACCCAUAAAACCCCUCUGUUCCUCUUUUUCUGCUGAGCCAUCGAUGCUCUUUUGAGCACCUCAAAUUUUUUGCCUUCAAUCUUAUGGAGGGCUGUAUGUAGCUCUAGCCGCGCAGUAGCUGUCGGAAACCCUAAUUUUCUCCGCCAAAUUCUGUAAACCUAAUUUUCUCUGCCCCUUUAUUGCCCCUUUCUCGCACUUUUUCUUUUCGGUGCAGUUAGUGACGGUUCUAGGACGAAUUGGAGCUCUCUUCCGCCAUUAGGGCUUGUAGGUGGUAUUUGGAAGAUGGAAGGGGGCGGAGCGGCGUACAAUCCUCGGACGCCUGAGGAGGUUUUUCGGGAUUUCAGAGGUCGCCGGGCCGGCAUAGUCAAGGCUCUAACUACAGAUGUGGAGAAGUUCUACCAGUUCUGCGAUCCAGAAAAGGAGAAUUUGUGUCUUUAUGGGAAUCCUAAUGAGACAUGGGAAGUCACCUUACCUGCUGAAGAAGUUCCUCCGGAGCUUCCUGAACCUGCAUUAGGAAUUAACUUUGCUAGAGAUGGUAUGGAUGAAAAAGAUUGGCUAUCUCUUGUUGCUGUUCACAGUGAUUCAUGGCUAUUGUCAGUUGCCUUCUACUUUGGAGCUCGGUUUGGUUUUGACAAAGAGUCGAGGAAGAGGCUCUUCACUAUGAUCAACAGUCUCCCAACCAUCUAUGAGGUUGUGACUGGAGCAGUCAAAAAACAGUCCAAAGAGAAAACCCCCAAUAGCAGCAGCAAGAGCAACAAAUCAAGCUCAAAGUCUCAGCUCCAAACAGAGCUCUCAAGAGCUCCCCCUCCAAAAGAUUUUGAUGAAAGCGGAGAAGACGAAGAAGACGAAGAUGAUGAUGAACGAGGAAACACUCUUUGCGGCGCUUGUGGCGAUAAUUAUGCGAGUGAUGAGUUCUGGAUUUGCUGUGAUGUUUGCGAGCGAUGGUUUCACGGCAAGUGUGUCAAGAUCACCCCUGCAAGGGCUGAGCACAUUAAGCAGUAUAAAUGCCCAUCCUGUAGCAACAAGAGGGCCAGGGCUUGACAGAAAAAAAACUGGGUAUGUUGGUGAUCAAAAUCAGAAUUACAACAGAAAGAAGGAAACAAUUUUUAUUGCAAAACCUCCAGUAGAUUAGAUUUAUUUUGUUAAUUUGGUACCAGAAUUUAGACUUUAUUUCAUCUCUUAGCUCCUUAGGACCCAGAUUUUGGGCUUUUGGUUUGUUUCCAGACUGUCAGACCUGUUUUGUUUUUAUUAUUGUCUGUCUUUAUUUGAUUACAAUUUUAUAUUAUCAUGGGUA